AUGCCGCCUACCACCACCAUGGCAAGUCCCUCACGAACAGCCACCCUCAUCACGAACCUCAACAACGUGCUCGCACGCGUUUCGUCAGCCGCAUCCACCUUCUCGCAAGCACCCACAUCCUCAUCGCACCUUCGCCGCCACCGACCAGCCAACAAACCCGUCCGCCUCGUCGCAGUCUCCAAACUGAAACCGGCAUCGGACAUCCUAGCCCUAUAUUCUAACAAUCACAACAACAAUAGUAACCCUCCCAAUCCCUCGUCUUCAGUUACACCUUCAGCCACCCACCAAGUCCAUUUCGGCGAGAACUAUUUCCAAGAACUCCUCGAAAAGUCCCGCCAACUCCCCGCCGGAAUCCACUGGCAUUUCAUCGGCGGUCUCCAAUCGAAUAAAUGCGUCUCUCUAGCCCGGGAUGUACGCGGCCUCUGGGCCGUCGAGAGCGUGGAUACAGAGAAGAAAGCGAAACUACUAGAUAAGGGAUGGGGCGAACGCGACACUACUACGCCUGAAGAAAAGGAGCGAAAACUCCGCAUCUUCGUGCAAGUCAACACGUCCGGCGAAGAAAACAAAUCCGGCGUCGAACCCGCUCUCACCGCCAGUCUAUGUCGAUAUAUCCGCGACCAAUGCCCGCGUCUUCAUCUGCAGGGCCUGAUGACAAUCGGCGCAAUAGCUCGUUCCAAGCAGACCUCUGCUACCGUCGAAAAUGAAGAUUUUAUAUCGUUGAUUGAAACGCGUCAGUCUGUGAUUGAGGAGCUGCAGAUGACGGAGCAGGAGGCGGAUGAGUUCGAAUUGAGUAUGGGUAUGAGUUCGGAUUUCGAAGGCGCCAUUGCGCUUGGAAGUGACCAGGUGCGUGUUGGCACGACCAUUUUUGGGGAAAGGCCUCCCAAGGCGACGGCCGUAGCUGCUGCUACUACUGGGACGUCGCGUGCCUAG